AUGACAUCGCCUCCGCCAUCUCCGUCGGAAGCAAAGCCCUCCGGCUCCUCCAAAGUCGUCGACGCAACAUACUUCUCCCUCCUACUGCCAGUUCGACCUGCAACCCACCAACGACAACCAGCAUCGUCUGAGUCUCUUGCCGCCGCCACCAUCAUCGAAGUUGUUGCUGCUUUAGGCUAUGUGCAUGGUGCUAAUGUUGUGCAUGCCUUUGAACCUGUUCAUGGACGUUUAAGUGAAAUACAGCAUAAUGGCUGCAAACUGUUCCAUGAUAUUUCCUUCUGGAAAAAAGUCUGGUUUUAAGGAAACAGGGGCAUGAAAAUACCUUUGAGACUCGAGGCAUAGGGUUGUGAAACAGGCAGGACAUGUGAGAACUGCAUCAGAAUAUUGACCUUUUCUUUUCUUUUGAAUCCAGAGUUAGUCUUUAUCAUCAAGAUUUGGAUCAUAUAACUCAGGCUUCACAGAAUAGUCUAUUACAUCAUCAUCUGAUGAAACUGAUUGCACAUCAAAAAUGUCAAGAAUAUAUUAUUACAUUUUUAUGUCAUAAAAUAACUUGAAACAAGCAUUUCCAGUCAACUACUAUAUAUUUAGGUCAACAAGACAGGACAGAACAAGUUGUUUCAAGUUUUUACUACUUUACAUUUCUUCUUUAUUUACCCC